UGUGAUCGGCCCCCAGUAUCAGAGGCUGUCCCAGCGUUCCGUGGGCCUCAGGCUGUACGAUGAUGUGGAGAAGGCCAUCAAGCCCCAUCUGAUCCGCAACCUGAAGUUCUGCCUGGCGGCCAGCUCAGGCAAUGCUGUGAUCCACCCCACAAUGGACCACUGGGCCAACCCCUAUGCCGACCCCAUUGUCGCCGUGCAGCUGUACUUCUUGGAUGACGACUGGCACAUCCACUGGCCCACCGUGGCCUUCGGCCACAAGAGCUUGAACGUGGCCGUGGCUCGGGAGCUGGAGGCCGUACUGCUGAGUUAGGGCCUGUUCCCCAACAACCUGGGUUACAUCAUCACCAACGAGGCCAAGCACACCAUCGCUGCCUAUGACCUCUUCUGCGACUAUAGGAUCAUGUGCUCGUCUCAGCGAGGUGACCCAAACGAAGAGGAGAUGCUGGCCUUCCUGGACGACCAGAUGCCCACAGAGGACUUCUCAGAGAUUCAGUUUGGCACCCGUGUGGGCUGCAUUGCCAACAUGCUGCAGCUGGUGAUCAAGGAGGCUCUGAAGAACUCUCGUGUUGUGGAGAACCUGCUGUCACAGGUACACAACGUGGUGGCCUUCUUCCACCGCAGCGCCUACUGGAACGAGGUGUUGCUGAAGGAGUGUGGCAUGUCAUUGACCCCCUCACCCGACAGUGGUCACUGGAAUUCCACCUUUGUAUCGAUGCGGCGGAUGGUGCUGGAGGCGGUGUGGGGCUUGGUCAUGACCCUGCUUUCUCAGGCCCGCAUUGAAGCCAAGGACUCGUCCAGCUCCCCGCCCAUGGUGAGGGCCAAGCGAGAGCAGGUGGUGGACAUCAUCGGCCUGCUGGAGCCCUUCGAGGAGGCCAUCCAGGUGCUGCAGAGCGACGCUGUCACCUUCUCCCUCAUCAUCCCCUCUCUGAUCGGCCUGGACAGGACCUUGGAGACCCUCCCCACCAACUACAGCCACUUCUCCAAGGGGCUCCGAUCUGGCCUGCACACACACUUCCAGCCCCUCAUCCCGCAGAGGGACCUGAUCCUUGUCACGGUGCUGGACCCCCACAUUAAGCUCCAGCCCUUCGACAACGCCAGGCAGGAGGGGGACACCUCCACACUGGCCGCCCCCUCCAAGUUCCAGGUCCGAACGCUGGUUGAGGCGUCGGUGACCGACAUGGAUUCCUGGAACCCAUUGGUGAAGCAGAAAGAGAGUGAAGACAGCCAUGAGGCCUCCAGCUCUAACAGUUGCAGCGUCAAACUCAAGCGCAAGUCCAUCUUUGGUUUCCUCCAGCCUGCGGCCAAGACCAUGAAGCUGUCUGAGCUGGACCAGUACUUAUCAGAGCCUGUGCUGAAUGGGGACUGCUCCACCCAGGUUUUCUGGAGAGAUGCCUCACGGUUUCCCCAGCUCCAGAGUACAGCCAGGAGGCUGCUGGCUGUGCCAGCCACAUCAGGGGGCUUUGACCGGCUUUUCCCCAUGGCGUCCUGCAUUGUCAGGGCCAAGAGGAGCCGGCUGCCCCCUCACACCACCGAGAGGCUGCUGCUCUACAGGGAGUCACUGAAGGGUAAAGACGGGAAGACAUCCAAUUCCAAUGGCUUUACUUAACAGUCAUAGACAUGCUGAACAAAUCAAAGUUUAUUUGUCACGUGCGCUGAAUACAACAGGUGUCGACCUUACAGUGAAAUGCUUACUUACAGGCUCUAACCAAAAGUGCAAAAAAGGUAUUAGGUGAACAACAAUGCCUUUUACUUCUCAUUAUCAGUCCUGUUUGUGCAGGGUCUCUUACCGUAAUGUUUUUUAUAUGUAACUUUACUUAACUCUGCAGUCAGGUACAUUUAUUUAUUUUACAAACAUGGCCUACUUGUUUUUUUAACCUUUUUAUUUAACUUGGCAAGUCAGUUAAGAACACAUUCUUAUUUACAAUGACAGCCUAGGAACAGUGGGUUAACUGCCUUGUUCAGGGGCAGAACGACAGAUUUAUUUUACCUUGUCAGCUCGGGGAUUCAAUCUAGCAACCUUUUGGUUACAGGGCCAAUGCUCUAACCACUAGGCUACCUGCUGCCCCGUUAGGCGAUUGUCAUCCAAGUUGACAUGAUUGAACAAUGAGCCGGAACAGAAACCUGCACACCAAGGGUUGAGCUUUGAGGGCAGAGUCAUGUCAUGAAAUGUAAUACAACAGAAAUAAUACCUCUAAUUCUUGAAUAAUAUGUUAUUUUUGUAAUUAAGAAGUUAAUUAAUAUUGGUUAUCAUGGAACAUUUUGGAAAGAACAUGUUUGGUACACCUUGUAAUGGACAAUAUGGCAAGAUGGACAAAUAUCUUUGAGUGUAUUAUGGCAACUAUUCUUAAAUGUUUUCUGUUUGGGGUUUGAAGCAUUUUUUUUGCCAUUAUCUACGGUACUGUAGUUACUACUGUGUAUUUGCAAUUUUUCUUCAAGGAUCAACUAGCGAGCAGGGAACCUGUGUUAUAAAGUGAUAAAUAAGUUCAUAUUGAAUGGUGUUUUAAAAAUAAUUUUCUGGUUUGUUUGGUCAAACAACUUUUAAUUAAAAUGGACAUUGUUUGCAUAUUACUGUAAGUAGGUCUUAUGCAGGUUGACAUUUCACCGAUGGAAAUAUGCACUUUUCUAUACCUCUUUUAUAUCUCCAAUACUGUAAGGUUUCAGUUGCUUGUCGCUGUGAACUCUUACUUGGGGACCAAUCUCAUAGCAAGUAGUGUUGGAGGAGUAGAUAAACUGCUUUUCUAUGGAAGUUGCACAAAUAGGUUAAUUUGGAUCACCUUGGAAUGAGAGAAUUUCUGUCAGUUGUAAGUGUACUGAAAUAAAUAGCCUAGGAAUUGAAUUUGAUGUACAGAUAACCUAUGGGGAGAGUUCAUGUUAACUAGUGAUGAACAAUGAAACGGUAAGAUACCUAUACUGUAUUCAACUGGGUCGAGCAGUUAGUGUUUUUGUUGCCCUAGCCUAUAUCUGGUAUGUUCUUUUCCUGACAUUAUACCUGUUUUUCAACAGGACA